CCUUCACCGCCGCGUGUUGGCUGGACAGACGAAUGACAACCGUGCUGGCCUAGGUACCUUAGGGUAGCUAACCGGUUGCGUUCCCGCCUCGUCCCUUUUUUUUUCUUCGCUACUUCAUAAGUAACGAGACUAGAACUUACCUUUUCUUGUGGUUCUCAUUCCCAACUUUCCAAGAGAAGAACAAGUGUUGCUACAAUGCCUGUGGAAGUUGUUACAAUCGUGAAUUCGUCGGGGAAGAUAAUCAGCAAUGGCAAACACCUGAUCAAUGUGCUUAAGGAGGCCAGGGCCUCUUAUCAAGAGAAAAAGGCGGCUCUUAAAGCUGAACGCGCCAUUAAGCGUAGCGAGACCAUCGAUGUACCAUCUGCAUCUCGGUACUAUGAUGGGAUUGAAUAUGAUGGAUGGCAUCGGCGGUCAUCCCAUGAUGACGCUGCUUCUCAAGCCACUUCCCGUAGGAGCCACCGCUCAAAACGGUCUGCUUCCCAGGCGGGAACAGCCUUGACCGAGCGCAAUUUGAAGACCCUUACAGAAGUCUCCUCUACGGCUCCUUCGCGACCUCCAGUUACAUAUCGUUCUCCUUAUGCUGAGACUGCCCCAAGAGAUAUGACGUUGAGUCGACCGACGCUCGCGCAUGCGCAAACAAUGCCUAUCUACACCGAGGAGCCGGUUGGAUCUGACUCUGGGCGAAUGGUGCCCCUACCCCGAUCAACGUCAGAUCUGGCAUCGAGGGAGAAGGGGAAGGAUGUUGACAUGAACUUAGCAUAUGGCAGUCUUCCUCCGGAUCUCGAGGAAAGGGUUGAUCUAGACCCCGUCCAGAAGAAUGUCGAAAAGAACGUGGAAACAGAGCGCGAAGCAAUGAGCAUAAUAGAGAAGAUCGAGAACCUGCUAACGGAGGCUCAAUGCUUACAUCAUACCGCGACGCAUAUCAUACAGCAUUUGCAGGGAAACCCGGACGCUGCCGCUGCUGUCGCUCUCACGCUUGCCGAGCUCUCUGCACUAUUGGGAAAGAUGUCGCCCUCUUUCCUUACCGUCCUCAAAGGCGGAAGCCCUGCAAUCUUUGCUCUUCUAGCCAGCCCUCAGUUCCUCAUUGCGGCUGGUGUGACAGUUGGAGUAACAGUGGUUAUGUUCGGAGGUUGGAAGAUUGUGAAGCGCAUACAGGAAGCCAAUACUACUGCAGCUGCCGCACCGAUGGCCUUCCCAGCUUACCAACCAGGUCCUGCUGAAGCCAAUAGGUCUCAGUAUCCGGAGUCGGAAGUGAGUGAGGGUUUCGACGAGGCUCUCGUGAUCGAGGAAGAGUUGAGCAGCAUUGAAAUAUGGCGCCGGGGUAUUGCGCCUUUUGGCGAGGACGAGCAAGCCGAUCUCGAGCUUAUCAGCCCCGAGGCUGAUCGCGCGAUGCGUAGUCAAUACGGCGGUGACGAUGCGCGAACCGAGCGCAGUGUUCGCACAAACCGAACUGGUCGUACGAGCAAGACUAGUAAAACUAGUAAGACGACGAAGGCUAGCAAGUCUGAAAAACCUCAGAAGAGUCGGAAAGAUAGUUCAGGCGAGCAUCACGACAUCCCGGAGCACAAAAGCAGUAGCGGCGCCAAAGAAGUCGAUAGCAUCAGCGAGGCGGGCAGCCACCGAAGCCGCCGAAGUACUCAGAGUCAUAAAAGCCACCAGAGCGUCCAGAGCCACCGAAACGAUAAGGCAGAUCGCACCGUUAAGUCUAAGCGGUCAGAGAAGGUAGAGGUCAAAGCCAUCGACGAUGGUCGCAGUGACCGGGGAAAUUCCAUCGACGUGGUACUUCGCCCGAAGAAGGAUAACAUGCUCAAGGCCCUAUUCAAGAAAAAGAAGGACAAGGAGGAUAAAGAACGGGCUUAUUCGGUCGUUCGGUGAUAUGAUUUAUGCUUUGACGUUUCGUUUAUGUUGAGUUCCCUGCAUUAAACUA